AAAAUUACCUCCAUCACUAACACAGACUGGAACAAGUACGAUGAUCGGUUGAUGAAGGCAGUGGAACGUGGGGAAGUGGACAAGGCGGCUGCUGUUCUAAGCAAGAAGGGUAUAGUCCCAACAAAGCUUGAUGUGGAGGGACGCUCUGCGUUUCAUCUGGCUGCAACGCGAGGGCACUUGGACUGUCUGAAUCUCAUCCUGUCACACAAUCCAGACAUUACUGCAUCUGAUGCCACUGGUAAAAAUGCUCUCCAUCUGGCUUCAAGAAAUGGGCAUUCACUGUGUGUGCAAAAACUUCUCCAGCAUAGCUGCCCAGUUGGAAACGUGGAUCUACAAGGAAGAACAGCUUUACAUGAUGCUGUCAUGGCAGGCUGCUCAUCUAGUGUGAAACUUCUCUGCGACAGUGGUGCUUCUGUCAAUGCCAGUGAUUUUGAUGGCAGGACUCCUCUGGUGCUUGCAACCCAAAUGUGUCAUCCACGCAUUUGUCAGCUGCUUGUAGAGCGAGGAGCUGAUAUCUCUGUGCGGGACAAACAAAAAAAAACAGCACUCAUUCUGGGAUGUGAGUAUGGCUGCAAAGAUGCCGUGGAGGUAUUGUUAAGGAAUGGGGCUGAUGUCAAAGACGUGGACGGCUUGGGUCAUGAUGCCUUCCACUAUGCUCGCCUCAGCAAGAACCAGGAGCUUGUUGCAUUAAUCAAAGGCUACCUGGAGAAAGCCACCAAAGAAAAAGAGGCAGCAAAAGUCGAACAAUGGAGGAGACAGUCGGUGGAGCGCUCGGACACCAUGGAGGCAAACAGAAGGGAUCACAUAAUACACGACCUGGAGAGGCAGAACGAGUCCCUGCAGGAAAGUCUUCGAAAAUACCAUAUAGAGCAGAGGGCCCUGUUAGAUAAGGUCAACCUUUUACAACAACAGCUCGCACAGGAAAAGAAGACAAAUGAAGACACUCACAAAGAGAGGGAGAAAUUAAAGGUGUUACUUAAUGCCAACGAACGAGAAGGGUCACGAGGCUCGGAGACUGUCAAGGUUCAACUCAAAUGCACUAUGGGAGACUACUCUGGACAGUCAGUCAUAAAAGGAAAAGAGAACAUUUUGGUCAAACAAGCGUAUAGCCUGGAUUCGGAUCAGAAACUCCAGAAUCCGGCUAUGUCACGUUCACUCACCAGACCGUUAGAGAAGGGUCUCUCUGGUGAACUUGAUGUUCUCCGACAUGAAGUUGAGACUCUGAGAAGAAAACAACAGGCUACUGAGGAGGAGAGGUUGCGACUUCACUCAUCUCUUAGCCGAAAAAAUCGAGAGUACCAAGAACUGGUUCAGAACAGAGAUCUCAUCCAGAAACAAGCUGAUCAGCAAGUUCAGGAGCUUGAGGAUGCCUUGGGCGACGUUCAGAAGCGGAUGAUAGAGUCUGAAUGCAAGGUUAAACAAUUGCAGGCCCAUGUAGUUGCAGUAAAGGAACACUUAGGAGGCCAGGCCACAGAAGAGCUUCGUGCUCAGCUUCAGGAAAUUAAAGCCAAGUAUGAAGGGGCUUCAGCUGAGGUGUGUCGGGUUCGUAACCGCCUGAAACAGAGUGAGAAGGCAUUGGAGGAAUACAAGGACAGUGAAAGCCAGCUAGCUACUGAAGCUGAACGGUUAAAUGAAGAGCUCAGUGUUGUGACUGCUGAAAGAGAUGAACUUUCACAAGCUGUCCUUGAAAUGGAAACCCAGUUGAAGGGAGUGCAGUCCAAGCAGGGCAACAUGGUACCAGCUGAGAAAUUUGACAACAUGAAAAACCUACUGACCAAUGCAGUAGAUGAAAAAGAACGACAGAUUGCUGAGCUGAGAGACGACUAUGAUCGUGUCCUCGAGGAGGUGGCGGAGCUCCAUCGCAAGCUAGAUAAUCCAACCCAGGGAGGAGCAGGAGCCGGGGCAGUGCCCUCAGAGGAGCAACAAAGGAUACAGUCUGCUCUUGAGGAACAGAACAUCUCGCUGAAGAGAAAACUUCAUGAUGUCACAGCAAAAAGUCAGGCACUUAUUCAUGAAAUGGAGGAGAGUGAGGAGGAAAGAGAGAUACUGCAAGAGAAGCUGGAGGAGCUGAAUAGCAGGCUGGAGUCGGACUUCAUACCGAUCAAGGAACACGAGGAAUCCCAUAUGAACAUGGUAUCAGCUGUUGAGGAGCUUGAGGACAAACUGGUGGAAGCCAGCGAACGUUUUGGCAAAGCUGAGGCACAAGUCCAACAGCUCCAUACAGAGAGAAUGAAGCUCCAGGAGAAUAUUAAUCACUUGCAAGGUGCCAGAGAGGAACAGCAAAGUGAAAUGGAAGCACUGAAGACUCAGAAUACUGAAGUGUUAAAGAAAUUAGAGCUUUUGCAAAUAAGGUGUGAAGACAAAGAUAAGCAAUGUGUUCAACUGACAGCACAGAGUCAGACUUUGAAACAGAGUUUAGAGGGGGACCAUGUGUCUAGGCAACAGCAUGAGCAAUUGAGGAUAGAGUUAACAUCCACCUUAGAGAGUGCCAAGGCUGAGAAUUUAAAUUUGGAGUCCAUGAAUAAAGAAUAUAAGGAAGAAUUAAAGAAUGUGGAAGAAGGAAACGCCAAGUUACAGGAAAAGUUGGAAAAGGUUCUUGAAGAAAUGAAAAAUGACUACAUGAGCUUGAAGGAUCACAAAUGUAUCACAGAAAGAAUGGGUGCUGCUGUGGUACAAGCGGAGAAUAGAGCAAACCAACUGUCAGCGAUGCAUAUGUCCGUCCAGGAAGAAAAUGUGAAGCUGACACAAGAACUGGAAGCUCAAAAGAAAGAACUUGAUACGAUAAUGGAAGCUAUUCAUACCAAAUUUGUCCCACUGACGGUCGUUGAGGAAAAAGACAACUCCUACGCUACCCAAGUAAAGGAGUUGAAAGUUAAACUGUUGGAAAUGGAGGAGAUGUAUAGCAAAGAGAAGUCUGAAAGAGAGAAUUACAAACUGGAGAAAGAGAAAUUGAAAGUUGAGAUUGAAUCUGUUCAACAAAGACUUGACACUGCUCUUGUCACGGAUGAGAAGCGUAAGGGGUAUGAGGAGGAGUUCAAGGAUCAGUAUGAAGCAAUGUCUCAAAAGUUAACCAGUCUGGAGGAGAAGCACAAUGAGGUAAAUCUUAAAAAAAAUGAGCUUGAAGGCCAAAAUGCUCUGUACAACACUCAAAUCCAGAAUCUCCAGGACCGUCUAAAAUCAGAGUUGACGCGGAUUGCGACCUAUGACACAGAGCUCAAGGCCCUUCAUGACGUCAUGCAGCAAGCUCAGGUGGAUUGUAAGAAAGCACGAGAUGCUCAGCAGGUUGAAGUCCAAAAGGUCUGUGCUCUCCAGAAAGAAGUUCAGGAACUCCAUAGAGAACAGGCUUCUCUGCUGCAGCAGCACAACAAUACCACUAAAGCCCUGGAGGUUGAAAUAACCGGGCUUCGAAUAGCGCUCCGAGAAGAGGAAGAGAACAGCAGCCAGAGGGCCGAGGAUGUUUCGGCCCUACAGUCAGAACUUCUUCAAGCCACUCAAGCUCUCGAUGAGCUUCGCUUCAAAGAAAGUCAUAUGACCCAAAUGAAAAAGGAGAAUGAGAGUCUUGAGGAAGAAGCUUCCAACAUGAACAACAAGCUGUUGAGUUUAACAGAAGAAUGUAAAGCGGUUCGUCGAGAGGCAAAUCAGGCAAGGGAGAGCGAAAGCAAAGCCAGAAGGGAGAUGGAUGCUGUCCGUGAGAAGGGACUAGCCAUUGAAAGAGAAAUAAAGGAGCUGAAAGAACGCUACGAUGAGUCACUCAGUACCAUUGGUGGCCUUCAGAAGAGGAUUUCAACAUCAUCUCAGCUGACUGAAGCCAAAGAUAAGAAGAUCACCGAGUUGCUAACUGACGUGGAGCGGCUGAAGCAAGCACUGAAUGGUCUGUCCCAGCUGGCAUACACAAGCAGUACCCCAAAUAAAAGGCAGACGCAGCAUGUCGAUACUCUCCAAGCCCAGAUCAAAAACCUACAGCAACAGCUGGCUGAUGCUGAGAGGCAGCACAGGGAAGUGGUUUCCAUUUAUCGAACACACCUCCUCAGUGCAGCACAGGGCCACAUGGAUGAGGACGUUCAAGCUGCUUUGCUACAAAUCAUCCGCAUGAGACAAGAGUUUGUGUGUUAA